AUGGGCAAUUACAGGUUUAGAUUAUCAGAUAUGAUACCAAAUGCCUGGUUCUACAAGCUCAAAGAUAUGAACAAGACCAGAAACUGGAAAAAUGCCAACCCUUCGAAGAAAAAACAGCAAAAUACAACGCCAUCAUCAGUUGCCCAACCAAUUCAGCCAUCAAUAAACAGUCAAACAUCCCACCUCUCUGACCAAAGAAAAUCUUAUUAUUUCACUAGGGAUCUUAAUCCUGAACCAAAUAAUCUCACAUUCUACAACAAUUCAUCAUCCACUACACGAGUUUGCGAAAAACAAUUUCCAGAACUGCCAAGAAAAUCAUCCAGGAGGAGACGAAGCACGAAGAUAAUAAGAAAUUCUAGUGUUCGGCCUUCUUCCAGGCUUGUUAGCAGCACGUCCAUUUCGGCGGGUUGCAGAUGUGAAUCAAAUGUCAAAUCCGUGUGGAUUAAACCGGAUUCAACCCCGGAAGAGUACCCGAAUUCACCAGAUGGAAGUUCCUCGUCCGAGAACAAAUCUCUCUUGCCUGAAUAUGGUUCAGAUAGGGAUACAUUUGAUGGCAUGAUUUCAUGGUCAACCUCGUGUCGAUGCAGAAUUGAGAACAAUAUCAUUAUUGACAUGGAAAAUCGAAAGUCAUUUGACGAAAAAUCUGUUGCGACUAAUCACAAGUUUGAUGGUUUUGAAAAUCUUCCUCCAAUCAUCACCAAGCGGAGUAAAACCGGCUAUGCGAAAAAGGAAACAAAACCGACAGAGACUACUAACCCGGCCAAGAUUCUCAGAACCUCGGCCAAAUUUGAGGAGAAAAAUGCAUUCGGAUCCCUGUCUGUUAAGGUUGUCAAGGAGGACAUUCUGAGUACUUCUCCCAAACAACAUAAGGCUACUAUAAGUCCUGUCAGAAGAUUUCCAUGGAAUUCACCAGGUCUCAAACUGAGGACUAAUUCUCCGAGGCUUGCAGCGAGCCGGAGAGUUCAGGGCCGGAAAAGUACGGUGUCUACUUCAAGUUCGAGCUCAAGAAGAAGUGUAUCAGAGAGUUUUGCAAUAGUGAAAUCAUCUCAGAAUCCACAGAGAGAAUUUAGGGAAUCAAUGGUGGAGAUGAUUGUGGAGAACAACAUCACAGCAUCAAAAGAUUUGGAGGAACUUCUUGCCUGCUAUCUUUCACUCAAUUCUGAUGAAUAUCAUGAUCUGAUCAUCAAUGUGUUCAAGCAGAUUUGGUUUGAUAUUAUUGAUAUUUGA